UUAACUUGUUUUCUUUUUAUGGAGAGGAAGAGGAGUGCCUCUGUAUGUGACAUCACAAGCAACUUGAAACCGUUAUUUUCAGCAGCCCUCCUACUCACUGCCUGCUCCCCCUCUUCACAACCUCUCCUGGAGCUCUGCGCUUCUCUGCGGGGCUCCAAAAACAGGCCAGAGUGACUAUUAUCUCAGCCCAAACUGCACCUCUGAUCCCUGGACUUCACCACACUUCAGAGAGUUUUCUGGGUCUGCUUCUGGAGGUACCGAUUUCACUUUUCAAUCCCUUUUCAUUCUUUUGACAAAAUUUCAUCUAUCUCACGGGAUCAGUCCACCUAUGUCCCCGUCAUAAGUAUGGAGCUGCAGAAGCCAUCGAAUGGAAAUCACCACCAUGACUCUGCUGUGCCUGCGGAAGGAGGAAUCGCACCAGAGGAAGAAAAGUUCCUGCAGCAGAGUGAUGGAUCAAAGAGACCUCAGUUCACAGAUUUUGAGGGUAAAACCUCCUUUGGGAUGUCCGUCUUCAACCUGAGCAAUGCAAUCAUGGGCAGCGGCAUUCUGGGUCUGUCAUACGCCAUGUCCAACACCGGCAUCGUCCUUUUCCUGAUCCUGCUGACAUGUAUCGCAUGUCUGUCCUGUUAUUCCGUCCAUCUGCUGCUACGCAGUGCUGGAGUUGUGGGGAUUCGCGCCUAUGAGCAGCUUGGCCUGAGAGCUUUUGGUCAUCCAGGGAAGAUCAUAGCAGCUAUCAUCAUCACGCUACAUAACAUUGGAGCCAUGUCCAGCUACCUGUUCAUAGUCAAAUCUGAGUUACCGCUGGUCAUCCAAGCCUUUCUUGGCCAGACAUCCAGCUCCGGUGACUGGUUCAUGAAUGGAAACUACCUGAUCAUCAUCGUCUCUAUCUGCGUCAUCCUCCCACUGGCCCUGAUGAAACACCUGGGGUAUCUUGGUUAUACCAGUGGCUUCUCUCUAUCCUGCAUGGUCUUCUUCCUUUCUGCGGUCAUCUACAAGAAAUUCAACAUUGCUUGCCCUCUGGAAGUGUUUGGCAACUACUCUGUGACCACAGUCGUCUCAGAGGACACAUGCGCUCCCAAAUACUUCACCAUCAACCCAGAGACGGCGUAUACCAUCCCCAUCCUGGCAUUUGCUUUUGUAUGUCAUCCUGAAGUGCUUCCCAUCUACACUGAACUGAGCAACCCAACAAAGAGAAGAAUGCAGAAUAUUGGCAACGUUUCCAUCCUGGGCAUGUUCAUCAUGUACUCCUUCACUGCCACAUUUGGCUACCUGACAUUCUUCGAGAACACUGAAGCAGAGCUCCUCCAUACCUACAGUAAGGUGGACCCUCUGGACACUCUGAUCCUGUGUGUUCGUCUGGCCGUCCUGGUGGCCGUCACUCUGACUGUACCUGUGGUCCUGUUUCCUAUCCGCCGUGCCCUCCUGCAACUGCUGUUUCCAGAGAGGCCCUUCCACUGGCUCCGUCACAUUGCCAUCGCCAUAUGUCUGCUCUUUAUCGUCAACCUGCUGGUCAUCCUCGUUCCAAACAUUCGAGACAUCUUUGGCAUUACUGGGGCAACCACUGCUCCCAGUCUGAUCUUCAUCCUUCCUGGACUGUUCUACAUUCGCAUCAUCCCCACUGAACAGGAGCCCAUGAACUCAAGACCAAAAAUUCAGGCUGCGUGUUUCACAGCACUGGGUUUCAUAUUCAUGACCAUGAGCCUGACGUUCAUCAGUCUUGAUUGGAUGAGUGGAGAAAAGCGAAAUCUCGGUGGCCACUAAAGUGUACCCCAAACCCUACAGCAGCCCACUGCUGCACCCCGCCUCAAGUCCUUUGGCUGGAAACAAGAUUCGACCCACUGCUAGAAGGCUCAGGGCUUUUGUUGGACUAUUUUUAUUAAUCUUAAGGACAAUCCAUUCCUUCAGAGUGAUGAGAGGAGCCCAGUCUUGUCCCAUGACCCACCCAGGUUGACAUAUGCAGCAUCCAUUACAGGUGGUGCUCUUCUGUUUUACAUGAAGAGCUGACAAACAUAUUAACCACAGAAGCCCUUCAACCAUUAAAAGCUAUCUGUCUUAACUGAGGCUAAAUGUAGUGUAGAAUAAUAGCAAUAUUAAAAACAUCUCUUUAAUUAUAAGCUAAGUUUGAUAGAGAACAUUUAUUUAGUAUGUGCUUGAUGAAAAUGCUAUUAAAAAAUAGAUUUCAUCAUGGUGUUAUGAGAGUAUGAGGUAAUUAAACUAGAUCAUUUCAAUUGAUGUAUUGUGUACUGUGAUUCUGCAAAGCAGCAUUUGGCAAAUUGGUAAAAUUAUUUUGGAUUCCAUCAGCAAAAUUCAGACAUAAUGUGUAUGCAACUAUUAACCAAUUCAUUUUGUGAUUAAUUUUUUAAUCAUUCUGGAUAGCAUAUGUGGAUAUUGUUUAAUAAAAAUUCACAAAAGA